GUGACAACGAACGUAAUCUGAUAUCACAUAUUCACUCAACUUCGAUUCGUGUUGGACACUACUUGCAGUCCAAUACAAUGUCUCGACCUUGAAUCAUCAGAAUGACUGGCGUCAAACAUCUGCCAGUUUAUGAUCAAAACCUUUGAAGGUCUGCGACUGGGAUCGCCACCAUGGCCGCGCUGGACGCUCAGAGCAACUGGGAGGUCGAGAUGUCGAAACCGUUCCCGCUGCCUAUAAAUUCGAAGACUAACGAGCGCUCCCGCGGAAAUCUUUCUAUGCCCUUGAUUCUGCCCUCGAAAUCUGGGCGCGAAGUCCUCCUCCCAUCCGAAAUUAUCUCCCAUAUCCUGUCAUACAUACCCCAUCGAGUCUCGACUCAGGGAACAUUUUGGGCAUGCUCUCUUGUUUCUCGUGCGUGGUACUCGGCUAGUAUUACGGCGCUGUACGAACGACCGAUACUCACUGGCGGAAAUUUCGACCAAUUUGUCACCACUGUUUGUCCAUCCAAGAAUGCACAUAUACGAAGAUCAGCCUUGUCUGUGCUAGUCAAACGUCUUGACAUGGGUGAUCUGGUACAUAACGCAAGUAAAAGCUUGACAGCUCGACUACUUGGACGACUGAAAGGGAAUAUCGAAGAAUUCGUGGCGCCACAAUCCUCCUUUGCCAUCAAUAGCUUCGCUGCACUAAGCAAAUGCACGAAGCUACGGCAUCUGGAUCUCUCUCUGAUUUCUGCCUCGAUAUCAAACCGAGUUCUAUUCCGUACUCUUGAGCCUUUGACAGAUUUGGAAAUCUUGUUCUUUCCUAGGAGCUCGAGUCACGACCAACAAUCAGAUACAGAACCAUAUAGCUGGCCUCCUAGACUAGAAGCACUGCAUCUGGCAGGGGGAAUAUCUGACCAUUUUCUCAGCAUGCACCUGUCGAAUAUCUCCCCGUCUCUGUCUAGACUCAGCAUCCAGUCUUGUACUCAGGUUCAUACACAUUCCCUUCUUCCUAUGCUAGGAAAUAUUGGACGACAACUACAACAUCUGACAAUUCGCCACCCUAUGCCUCAACUAUUUCAAGGAGCUCUCGACAUGAUACUCCUGGAUCUUCCAUUGUUGACCGCUCUGCGGAUUUCUGCCGAUUAUAUCAGCGAUAGGCAUUUCUCGGCCGAAUCCAUACCUCAGGGUCAUCCUCUAAGGAUAUUGGAUUUAGAAUGUUCACCAACGGCUGGCGCAGACAUUGGAAUCAGUGCUGCAGCGAUUUACGAUGCAGUUGAACGGGAACAACUCCCGAAUCUGAGAAGCGUUAGAGUGAGCAUGAGGUUGGCAUGGGCUGCAACUGAAAAGACGAGGCUAGAUGCAAGUGACUUGUUGGAAAUCAUCGAGGAAAAUGAAAUGGAGCAGCCGUUGAAUGUUAUGACAGGAGUCUGGUGGAAUAUGUCGGACUAAUUUUUUGCAUAGCCAAUCAAUUAUUCUGUCCUGCGAUG